AUGGGAACUUGGAAUUUGGCUUGUAAGUGUUCCAGGAUGUUUGUCCAUAGUAGACUGUUGACUGUCGUGUCAGAGUCAAACAUGAAAGUGGGUUCUCACUCUGCAUCCUACCAUUCCACUAGUUCUCUCAUCUGGCCUAAAGGACUGCUGUGAGGUGACGAUGCAGUGCCUUAACCAGCUCUGGUCUGUGACACUGGCCUGCUGUGCCCGGAUACUGGCCUGCUGUGCCGGGAAAGAGACCCAAGCAUCCCUGGAGAGGAAGCCCAAUGCAGACAGCAGAGUAUCAUCUGUGCUUUGGAAGCUCAGCCUGGAUGACUUUCCAGAGGAUGGUGAGAGGCUAAUAAAGGACUCCAGAGAAGGACUAUCCAGAGAAGAAGACAGGAAUGAUGAGACAUUGUUUGGCGUGUCUCCUGGCUCUCACCCAGGGCAGAAGGAAGUCACACAGGCUUUUUGUGAAGGAGGGUUUGGCCUCUCGUUUGGCCUCUCUAAGGCAGGUGUGUGAGGAGGCCCGUAGACAGGGUGUGCAGAUCCAGGGGGUUAGUACGAAGGACUUAAACAAGAUGUGCUCAGGAGGGGUCCACCAGGGUUUCAUGGGAGUGUAUGCUAUGACAGCCUCACACAUAUGCUGAAGGUAUUGUACCUCUCCCAAUGCAUUUUAGCCUGGUCAUGCACUGGUCAGCUUACUUUCAGAAUCUCACUGUUUGGCUUCAGUAUUUUAUGAGAGUAUGAGAGCUUUAAAAAAAUAAAUAAUUGUCUUUAGUGUUAGCUCUUUUGACCUAUAUGGAGCCAACUUUAAACCUCAACUUUUAGGAGUUAUUGAUUUUUCAUAGUCCUCACUAGCUGAUGACUAGGGUCUGUUCUGUGCCGGUAAAGGUGGCACAAGGCUAGCAGCUUAUUGGCACAGUGGGAGCUAAACCAGAGAACUCUCAUGUUCCUGUCAUGACAUUUUCCAAUUUCCAGAUGACCAAACCUACACUUCUGCUGAUGGGUAAGUGUUUCCUGUUCUCCUCUCUGUGUGUGUGUGUGUGUGUGUCCAUGGAUCGUGCGUGUGUUUUAAUUGCUUUGCACUUUCCUAAGUCCACCCUGCUGUGUCCUCCCUCAGGUGGUGAAAGGUAAGGCUUGUCCCGGGAGCUGCGUCUGCAUUGAGGCCCUGCUAACCAUCGCACCUCGCAGAGACCUGCACCCUGGCCUGGUGUCGAAUCCCUCAAUGUGUUUGUGGCUACAG